CCGCCGCCGCCGCGAUCCCGAGCCGCCCGCCCGCUGCGCCCUGCUGGCCUGGCCUGGCCGGUGCCGUCGGGCGCGCCGGGCGCCAUGUGAGGGGGGCGAGGGAGGGGCGCCGCCGCCGCCGCCGCCGCCGGGCGGGCAUGGAGUGGGAGAAGGCGGGCGUCCGGCGGGGCCCGGGCCUGGCGCUGCGGCUGGACGAGGCGGAGGGCUGCUGGGCGGGCGCGGGCGCGGGGCGGCUGCGGCCCUCCUCGUACCGGGCGCUGCGCAGCGCCGUCUCCACCCUGGCCCGCCUCGACGACUUCUACUGCGAGAAGAUCGGCGCCGGCUUCUUCUCCGAGGUCUUCAAGGUGCGCCACCGCCAGUCGGGCCAGAUCAUGGUGCUGAAGAUGAACAAGCUGAUCAGCAACCGAGCCAACAUGCUGCGUGAGGUGCAGCUCAUGAACCGCCUCUCGCACCCCAACAUCCUCCGGUUCAUGGGUGUCUGUGUGCACCAGGGCCAGCUGCAUGCACUGACGGAGUACAUCAAUGGCGGGAACCUGGAGCAGCUGCUGGACAGCCCCGCCCCCCUGCCCUGGCCUGUGCGGGGCAAGCUGGCCCUGGACAUCGCCCGCGGCCUGCGCUACCUCCACAGCAAGGGCAUCUUCCACCGCGACCUCACCUCCAAGAACUGCCUGGUGAAAUGUGAAGACAACGGCUACACUGCUGUCGUGGGCGAUUUUGGCCUGGCUGAGAAGAUCCCAACCUACAGUGAGGGUGGGGAAAAGGAACCCCUGGCUGUGGUGGGCUCCCCCUACUGGAUGGCCCCAGAGGUUCUGCGUGGGGAGCUGUACAAUGAGAAGGCUGACGUCUUCGCCUACGGCAUCAUCCUCUGUGAGAUCCUGGCCCGGGUGCCGGCUGACCCAGACUACUUGCCCCGCACUGAGGACUUUGGGCUGGACGUGGCCGCCUUCUGCACUCUGGUCGGAGCCGACUGCCCUGCGCCUUUCCUCCAGUUGGCUUUCCACUGCUGCAGCAUAGAGCCCACCGCCCGGCCCUCCUUCCUGGAGAUCACGCAGCGCCUGGAAGCCAUCCUGGAGGAGCAGCGCAAAGGGGGGGCCUCCACCCUGCAGAGCGACGGGCCCAGCACCCCCGCCAGCCCCGUGGCAGCCCUGACCGGCAAAGCAGCAGCCCAGGAGCCCGCGACCCCCGAGCCGCCCUCCGGCCUGCGUGCCCAGCAGCUCCUGCCGCCAGACCAGCGCCUCUCCCGCAGCCAGUCGGAUGUCUUCCCGCCCGCCCUCGCCCUGCGGGCUUCAAGCCCCAGGCUCCAGAGCCACUCCGCGAGCGGGAGUCCAACCCCUUCUCCCGGGCCCGCCAGGGACUCCUCCCAGGGGGGGCUUUGGAUCAAGCUCUUCGAGCUUGCGCCCAGCAAGUCCCUUGAUCUCCUGACCUUCUCGGACCUUGCCUCCUCUCCACUGGCCUUUCCCUGGGCUGGAACACGCCCAUCACGCUGCGGGCUUCCUGCCGUGGAGGCGCAGUGUGACUUCUCGGAGCCCGUCUCCCGAGGGCGCCGAUGCCGCUCGCUGCCUACCUCUCCGGAGAUGCCUCGCCGAGGACAGCCGCAGCCCCGCAGCCACCGCCUCCUGGCGCUUGACUGCAGCAGCCUCGAACCCGCCCCCGGCCCGCCUCGCCAGCCGACGGACCACGGCCCAGACAGCCCUGAGACUCCGCCGGCUGCUCCGGCCCCUCCGCCGGUGGCCCCCGGCAGCUGCAUCAGCACGGCCACCUCCGGUGUGCAGCUGUGGCCCCCCAACGGUCUCCUCCUGAACAAUAACAGCAAGCCCCACGUCUGGGGCGGGGGGCUCUCCGAGCUAAGCGUGCAGCCGGAGCAGGCCGGGGCAGCGCUGGCCCUGAGUGGCCCUGGCGGCGUGGCGGAGCAGGAGGAGGUGCUGUCCUGCCCGGCCUGCUGCCUCGGCCCCUUCGGCUUCAGCCUGGCCUCCGUCUGCCGCCGGCCAGCCACCACCACCCCCCGCUACCAGAACUUGGGCUGCGAGGCCAAGAGCCUCCUGUGGCCGGAGCGGCACCCGCGGCAGCACAAGCCCCCCGGGCCGGGACAAGCCGAGCCCGGCCUCAAGUUGCCCGAAGCCCAGUCCUAAGGGUGGGCCGAGGAAGAGGCUGCAGAGUCCCCCUGCAGGGCAGGGCAGGGCAGGAGGGGGGGCGAGCCUCCAUGGGGCACCCUCCCCCCAGCAUUGGGCCAAGGCGUGGGCCAGAGCCAAGGCAGUGUUCGGCCUGCCCUGGAACCUGGGGCGUGGGGGCUGUGCAUGUACCAUUGGGUUGGUGCCAGGCGAGAGAGGGGUUGUGGGUCCCAGCCUUGCAGGUGCUGUUGAGAAGGGGGGUGGCCCCUCCCCUCCCCAGUCCUUGCUGGAAGUGCAAUAAGAGGGCUGCGUCUCUCUCACACACUUGCGCACAUCCCGUGGCUUCCAUGGGGGAGAAGGAGACGGCCCACCGGCAGCCCCCAGUCACUUCCCUCGGGCCUCAGUGCCUCCCCUCCCCCAAUAUCCCCAAGCCAUCUUCCUUGCAAGGCUGGUGCUGCAGCUGCCUCCUGGGCCAGCGGAGGGGGCACCCCCUUCCAGGGCUGGGUCGUCUUUGCCCAGACGUGACCUUUUGUUUUUGUGUGUGUGGGGGGGGAGGGAGAACAGAGAAGGGAACUGAGAGUCCUGUAAGCAGUUGUGGUUGGUUUCCCCUGUGGUCCCUUUGCACACGGGUCAGAAACGGGGCGGGGGGAGGGGGCGUCCUCAAGACUCUUAAGUGGGGGAAGCCCUUGGCUGCUGCGGAAGAGGGGGGGGGGCAGGAGAUUCCCAGCCGAAAGGUCUGCCUGUCCCAGGGGGACACUCCCAGCACACGCAGCCCAACACCUCUGCACUGGAGCAAUAAUGGUGGCCGGGGGUCGUUCUGGAUGAGGCCCGGCUCCCCCCCUCCCCCUCCCCCCCCGUAUUCAGUGCACUGGCAGAGGAGGACGCGGCUGCAUUUUUAAUGAUGGCAAAUGCUACUUAAUAUAUUCACCUUAUUUAAAGUGUUCCAGAAAUAAAACUUGACAAGUGUC